UGGCAAUACAUUUUUUUAAAUAAUACAACAAUACAAGUAUAUAUGUGUAACCAAAAAAAUUUAGAAGGCCCGUGGCAACGCACGGGCGUUCUCCUAGUUUUUUAGAGAUCAGAGAUGUUCUUAUACAUGUGCGCGUAUAAUUAAAUCGCUCGCUAAGAGCAAAUUAUCUAUAAAUAGAUACCGGAAGUGGAUCUCAUUCACGAAGACGUACGCAGUGGUAGCUAGCUCAUUGAUGCAUGCUACGUGUGCAUCUCUAACCACUGUAGCUUAGGCAGUAGUUGCCACUUGUACGGGCACAUCCAGAGUUCCAGACCGAUGCAAAUGGCAGCCACCGACCAGAGUAAGACGGCGACCAGGAGGUUCGGAUGGCUGUACGUGGCGCGGUGGGCUGUGGCGUCCGUGGUGACCGUGCUGGCCGUGGCGGUGAUCGUUCGGGCCGUGGUGGUGAUGCUCCGCCCCGAGAAGCUGCAGCUCAAGCUCUCCGGCGCCCGCGUGGCAGUCGACUGGAUCCCGUCGAUGCCGCCGCCGCGCAACGAGGUGAUGCUCAACUUCGUCCUCAGGGCCAACAACCCCAGCGGGCGCGCCUCGGUCGAGUACACCAACAUCACCGUCCGGCUGACGGACGUCACGAGCGCGUCGUCGCCGUCGCCGACGAAGAUCGCCGAGUUCGACCUGCCGGAGUCCAUCCCGGUGCUGCAGCGGACGGCGCACGAGGCGAUGGUGAGGGUGGGGAUGACGCCGGGCGAGGACGUGCCGAUGCGGUACGUGCGGGCGCUCUUCGAGGGGCGCAGCGUCGACGGCGUGGAGAUGAUGCUGCGCGGGGUGUUCCACAGCCACGUGGCCAUGGCCAGCGGGGACUACGUCACCACCAGCGACCUCGCCACGUACUACUGCUGGCCGGUGACCAUCGCCGUCGGUGGCCCGUCGUCGUCGUCGUCCUCGUCGCCAGACUACACCAGCGUCGUCGUCACCGACGCGCCGUGCCUGGACAAGUCGGAGGCCCCGGCCAUCGUGUGAACUGAGGCCAGCUCCGACGGUAGCUAGCUAGGUGAUGCCAUCCAUUGCCUACUGCAUGGAUCAACCAAGAUAUGCCGUAGCUAUCUGCAAUCUAUUUACUGAGUAGUGUAUGGUAGAAUCGAUUGAUAAGGCAUGCCUGCCAGUGUGAGUUUAAUUUGAGACAGCACGUACUCCUUCCAAUUAAUUGUGCAUGUUUCA